GUACUGGUGAAGAGAAUCGUUGCGUCACUUUUUACAGUAAGAUGCUUUCUUCUUGGAUUUCUCCUCUUGAGUACAAGGAUCAGGAUCAUUAAGGACAUCUGCAAAGUAGAGAAUCUGUGACAGCAUUAUUGUAUUGUUGCUUAGGGCACUAGCGGCAUUUGGGGCCUGGUGGCUCCGCUGGGAGUGAAAGGAGCUGUAUGCUAUGGGAAGUUCAGGUUCUCACGCUCCUAGAAGAUGCCUUCAGGUCUGUUAAUGUUGUGGUGAGGUCAAACCACCACUCUGAACAGAUUGGAAGGAGGCAAAAUGAAGAUUUAAUGAGGACUGGAGUGAAAUUGCUGGGAGCUACAGGCAUGACUUUCCACGGACUUCUUGGUGAUGCGAUGCCAGAUUGGUCACGUAUAAACUGUGCUUGCGUAGUGUGAACCAGAUUGUCCAGCUUUCUACACAAACUCUUCUGGAGUUCCAAAAUCAAUAACCCAUUUAGAAAAGACUAAGUGGAUCCUGAAUCAGCUGUCGACAGAGAUGACAACAAUAAUGAAUGACCACGGCACAGCACUGCAGGAAAUACUCAGCAACAAAAGCAGAGAAAAAUGGGCCAUCAUUCUGGUACACUGGCUGCUCACAGUGUGGGGGUGCAUGAAUCACAUAUUUCCAGCUUCCUAUGCCUGGGGAAAUUUCAGUGUCCUGGCGGUGGGGAUCUGGGCCAUUGUGCAGCGAGAUUCCAUUGAUGCCAUCAUGAUGUUCCUGACUGGCCUGCUGCUCACAGUCCUCACAGACAUCAUUCACAUCUCUGUCUUCUACCCUCCAUACUAUAUCAGUGAUCUGAAGCGUUUCAGUCUUGGCAUGUCCAUCUUCAGCCUGCUCCUCAAACCUGUGUCCUGCUAUUUGGUGUACCAAAUGUAUCGGGAGCGUGGAGGAGAGUACAUCUUUAACAUAGGUGUCACCCGUGCAGGCCGGGAUCGCAGCACCUACGAGUCAAUCGAGCAGCAGGAUGCCCCUCCACCAUGGCCUGACUCAAGCAAGGCAGCCCAGCAGCCAUACUGAGGUCCACUCUGCACCACAAAAACGAUGCUUCCCUCACCCGGUCUGGCCUUCCACUCUUCCCAUGUCCAUUCUUGACAGAUCAAAACCUGCCAACCGAACAAACAGAAGAGGAUCUGAUUUUACAUUUCUUUGCCUCCCUGAUUUUAGACAGAUGAGUUCCUGCAGUAAGUCCAGAAGAUCUCAGAGAUAUUAAGCGCUGUGACUCUUUGUAGUCCUGGUACUCUCCUUUCCUCCUUCUUCCUAAAUCCCUCCUCUGUAUGUGUGAACGGAUGCAGCUUCUGCAGUCCUCCAAGUCUUGUAUUGUGCAUCCUCUCUGUUAUUAGUAAGGGAACCACUCAAAAUACUCCUGCACAAGCUGUCUUUAACAGGCUUAUGGACUGCCCUUAAACAAUACAGUUUAGCCUGCUUUUAUGCAGAUACAUGCCCAGGAAACAUCUGGGAGUUCCUGAGGACUUUUUUUGGUGGUAUUAUUUAAGAUUUAUGACCGUAACUCCCUGUGCUAGCUGUGGUGGUUUGCAUAAAGCUGGGGUGGGUAUAUAAUGCUCUUACUGGGACAGAGAGCUUGAAUCCCCAGUAUCUAGUCUUGGGUUUUAUUCACUGAUGAUUUUAUACAAGUUGAACAUCCUUCGGGAUACAUAAAAUGGCUGUCAGAUAUAGUUAUCGAUACUUUGUGCCUUGAAAUGUCCUUUUGCUUUCAGCUGCCUUUCUUGACAAAACGUGAAAUGUUACAUUUUUCUAACAAAACUAUAAAAUGAAUAUUUUUCUGUGCUAGAAAAAGUUACGCUGGUCACUUAUGUCUCAUUUGAAAAUGCAGGAAUUUCUUAGGGUUUCAGAUUGUAGCCAGACAGUCUGGGAAAGUUGUUACGGGGAAAAGUCUGCAGGGCUUCAAUUGGUUUUCCUCUUAGCUUUACUCAGACAGGUAGAGACUGCUGCUUGUAAAUGUGUGGGUGGUGAAGGUGGGCUAGUAAGAUGGGGAUUGGGGAAAGGAAAACAUGGCUUUAUUUCCACUGCAGUGGGGAGCUCUGUAGGACGAAACAAACUAUCAACUCUAAUCUUACACACAAUAUUCUGCCCUGCUGUGGCUUUCAGGGUAGACUCCUAAAAGAAAAAGAAAGGUGUUCAACAGGAUUCUCUUUCAGAAGAAAAAGUUUGUCAGCUUUGGCAGACUGAAAAUACCGGUGCAAGGAAGCAG